AUGUAUUUGCUCAUAUAUGUGGAUGAUAUAGUCAUAACAUCCUCAAAACAGUCAGCCAUCACUAAUCUCAUUUCUGAUUUAGGACUUGCCUUUCCAGUAAAAGAUCUAGGCUCUUUGUCUUUCUUCUUGGGUAUUGAAGUUGAUUACACUGCUGGUGGACUUGUUUUAUCUCAAAGAAAAUACAUCAAACACCUUCUCAGCAGAAGCAAUAUGCUUCAUGCUAAACCCAUGACCUCACCAAUGGCUGUCUCUCUCAAACUGUCAAAAUUUGAUACCCCAGACUUUGAGGAUGUUACACUAUAUUGUAGCAUUGUGGGAGGUUUGCAAUACUUCUCGAUAACAAGACCAAACAUCUCUUACUCUAUCAACAAGGUUUGCCAAUUUAUGCACUCCCCCAAAGCCUCUCAUUGGAGUGCUGUGAAGCGCAUUCUCAGAUACUUAAAAGCCACCAUCAAUAAUGGUCUGUUUUUUGCUUCAAACUCAAGUCUUACACUUCAAGCCUACUCGGAUGCUGAUUGGGAGGGCUGUCCAGAUGAUCGCCGCUCUAUAGGAGGGUUUUGCAUCUACCUUGGCAAACAUCUCAUCUCUUAG